AGAGAGAGAAUUAUCAUACCAUAGUCAAUUCUCUUGAAUAGUCAUGAUUUUGUCCGUCUCCUCUACGAAAAUUAGGGUUUUAGUUAGUCAAUUAGGGUUUCUCAUCAUCAAUUAGGUCUUUAAGCUUCUUUGAUUCCAUGGAAAAUCUCUACAAUUAUUGAAUCAGGAGAUACAGCAAUGUUGCUCAAGUAGUCUAGAUUUUAGGGAUUCAUUUAUUUUCCGAGUCAUUUCAAGUGUCUAUGGCGUCGGUUUCUUCAUCAUCUUCUUCGCCAUCUGUACGAUUUGGUGGUAGUGGUGGUGGUGGUGUUACUACUUCCGCUGUUACUGGUGGUUCUACUACUAGUGGAGAAGCUCUUAGUAAAAUACUUGCUAAUCUUUCUACCAGAGGAAACCCUAAGGACGGUGCUGCAUUAGCUUUGCGAAAACAUGUUGAGGAAGUGGCUCGGGACCUUAGUGGGGAGGCUUUUUCUCGUUUCAUGGAUCAGUUGUAUGAUCGUUUCACCAGGUUAUUGGAAAGUACUGAGGCUGCUGAGAAUUUGGGAGCUUUGAGAGCCAUUGAUGAAUUAAUCGAUGUGACACUUGGAGAGAGUGCUUCCAAGGUGUCAAAGUUCUCUAACUAUAUGCGCACCAUUCUAGAGGUUAAGCGUGAUCCUGAAGUUCUAAUCCUCGCCAGUAGGGUGCUUGGCCAUCUAGCUAGAGCCGGGGGAGCAAUGACUGCAGAUGAAGUGGAGUGUCAGGUUAAAAUUGCAAUGGGUUGGCUUCACAGCGAUAGAGUAGAGUAUCGUCGAUUUGCUGCUGUCUUGAUUCUGAAAGAAAUGGCAGAAAAUGCACCGACAGUUUUCAAUGUCUAUGUGCCCGAGUUUGUAGAUGCCAUAUGGGUUGCCCUCAGGGAUCCAACUUUGGCUGUUCGUGAACGGGCAGUUGAAGCCCUACGUGCUUGCCUUCGUGUGAUUGAGAAGCGUGAGACUCGUUGGCGUGUGCAAUGGUAUUACCGCAUGUUCGAAGCUACCCAAGCUGGAUUGGGAAAGAAUGCUCCAGUUCAUAGCAUACAUGGUUCACUGCUUUCAGUUGGGGAACUUUUAAGGAAUUCUGGUGAAUUUAUGAUGUCAAGGUACAGAGAAGUAGCUGAUAUUGUUCUUGUAUACCUGGAGCACAAGGAUAGGCUUGUUCGUCUAAGCAUAACAUCCUUGCUGCCUCGUAUAGCUCACUUCCUACGUGACCGUUUUGUUGCAAACUAUUUAAAGAUUUGCAUGGAUCAUAUUCUUGCUGUUCUACGGUUACCAGCUGAACGCGCUAGUGGGUUCAUUGCUCUAGGAGAGAUGGCUGGUGCUUUAGAUGGUGAACUUGUCCACUAUUUGCCGACAAUAAUGUCUCACUUGCGAGAUGCAAUUUCUCCUCGUAGAGGUAGACCCUUGCUCGAGGCUUUGGCUUGUGUUGGAAACUUUGCAAAGGCCAUGGGGCCUGACAUGGAACCCCAUGUUCGAAGUCUUCUGGAUGCAAUGUUUUCUACUGGUCUUUCUUCCACCUUGGCUGAAGCUCUUGAGCAAAUAAUUGUUGGCAUCCCGUCUCUGUUGCCUACUAUCCAAGAGCGCUUGCUUGACAGCAUUUCUCUAGCUCUUUCAAGGGCUCCUUUUCCUCAUUCAAGGGCAGGUUUUGUAGUCGCUCGUCCAAAUGUGAUGAAUAACCCUCGGCAAGUACCAGAGCUUAGUGGUUCGGCUCUCGUGCAGCUUGCUUUGCAAACACUUGGUCGUUUCAAUUUCAAGGGUCAUGAACUUCUCGAGUUCACUAGAGAAUCUGUUGUUAUAUACCUCGAAGAUGAGGAUGGAGCUACCAGGAGAGAUGCUGCCUUAUGCUGUUGCAAGUUAGUUGCUAAUUUCUUUUCUGGAGUAGCAUGUGCACUGUUUAGUUCAAGUAGGUUGAGUCGAACUGGAGGAAGACGACGACGUCUUGUUGAGGAGAUUGUCGAAAAGCUCCUGGUUGCAGCUGUUGCAGAUGCUGAUGUCAAUGUCCGGCUGUCGGUCUUCUCUUCUCUACAUGGAAAUGGUGGGUUCGACGAAUUUUUGGCACAGGCCGAUAGUUUGACAGCUGUUUUUGUUGCUUUAAAUGAUGAGGAUUUUGUUGUUCGAGAGUACGCAAUCUCAUUGGCUGGGAGGUUAUCAGAAAGAAAUCCAGCAUAUGUUCUUCCAGCACUUCGUCGCCAUCUCAUACAACUAUUGAAGUAUCUAGAACAAAGUGCCGAUAGCAAAUGCAGAGAAGAAAGUGCAAAACUAUUGGGCUGCCUGAUUCGAAGUUGUGAACGACUCAUACUUCCAUAUAUCGCUCCAGUACACAAGGCACUUGUGGCAAAGCUUUGUGAAGCCCCUGGGGUGAAUUCUAACAAUGGUGUGGUCAAUGGUGUUCUUGUUACUGUUGGGGAGCUUGCAAGAGUGGGUGGUUUUGCAAUGAGGCAAUAUCUUCCUGAACUGAUGCCACUAAUUGUUGAUGCCUUAAUCGAUGUUUCAUCUGUCCUAAAGCGUGAAGUGGCUGUUGCAACGCUUGGUCAACUUGUGCAGAGCACUGGGUAUGUGAUUGCUCCAUAUAACGAGUAUCCACUAUUGCUUGGUUUGCUAUUGAAGUUGUUGAAUGGUGAGCUGGCUUGGUCAACCAGACGAGAUGUAUUGAAGGUUUUAGGGAUUAUUGGUGCUUUGGAUCCUCAUGUUCAUAAACGCAAUCAGCGAAGCUUGCCAGGGUCUCAUGGAGAAGUUAUCCGUGCAGCUUGUGAUACAAGCCAACACAUUCGAUCAAUGGAUGAGCUACCCAUGGACCUUUGGCCAUCUUUUGCCACAUCAGAAGAGGAUUAUUAUCCUACGGUUGCAAUCAGUUCACUCAUGCGGAUUCUUCGGGAUCCCUCUCUUGUAAGCUAUCAUCAAAAGGUGGUUGGUUCUCUUAUGUUUAUAUUCAAGUCCAUGGGCCUUGGUUGCGUUCCUUAUUUACCGAAGGUGUUGCCUGAUCUUUUCCACACCGUUCGCACAUGUGAAGAUGGACUGAAGGAGUUUAUAACAUGGAAGCUUGGGACAUUGGUAUCUAUUGUGCGCCAGCAUAUACGCAAGUAUUUGCCAGAAUUGCUGUCUCUUAUAUCUGAAUUAUGGUCAUCUUUCAGUUCGUCAACAUCUAAUCGUCCUCUGCAUGGCUCACCUGUUCUGCACCUGGUAGAGCAGCUUUGCUUAUCGCUGAAUGAUGAAUUUAGGACAUAUCUACCUGUUAUUCUUCCUCGAUGUAUUCAAGUACUCAGUGAUGCUGAGCGGUUUAAUGACUACUCCCAUGUUCUUGAUAUUCUGCAUACCCUUGAAGUGUUUGGCGGGACUUUGGAUGAGCACAUGCAUUUACUUCUUCCUGCACUCAUUCGAUUGUUUAAAGUCGAUGCUUUGAUGGAUAUUCGGCGUGCUGCUAUUAAGACUCUUACAAGGUUGAUCCCUUGUGUGCAGGUAGCUGGACACGUAUCAUCCCUAGUGCAUCAUUUGAAGCUUGUCUUGGAUGGAAAAAAUGAUGAACUUAGGAAGGAUGCUGUUGAUGCCCUUUGCUGCUUGGCGCAUGCUCUUGGGGAGGACUUCACUAAUUUCGUGCCAUCAAUCCAUAAACUUCUACUGAAACACCGUUUACGGCAUAAAGACUUUGAGGAAAUGGAAGGGCAUCGGUGUAGACGUGAGCCAUUAAUAUUAGGGAAUUCUGCUGAUAGAUUGACUCGAGCAAAUCCUGUUGAGGUCAUAAGUGACCCUUUGAAUGAUGUUGAGAACUUUGAGGAGGGACCUGAGAUGCACAAUCAACUGAGAAGCCAUCAGGUUAACGACGGUCGAUUAAGGACAGCUGGUGAAGCUUCUCAACGGAGUACUAAGGAAGAUUGGGCAGAGUGGAUGAGACAUUUUAGUAUCGAACUUCUCAAAGAAUCUCCAUCUCCUGCUUUACGAACCUGUGCAAGGCUUGCACAAUCGCAGCCUUUUGUUGGACGGGAGCUGUUUGCAGCUGGUUUUGUGAGUUGCUGGGCUCAACUGAAUGAAACUUGUCAGCAACAGUUAGUUCGUAGUUUAGAGAUGGCAUUUUCAUCUCCAAAUAUUCCUCCAGAAAUUCUGGCAACACUCCUUAACUUGGCUGAGUUUAUGGAGCAUGAUGAAAAACCUCUCCCGAUAGAUAUUCGACUCCUUGGUGCUCUUGCAGAAAAGUGUCGAGCAUUUGCGAAGGCUCUGCAUUACAAGGAGAUGGAAUUUGAAGGUGCCCGCUCCAAGAAGAUGGAUGCUAACCCAGUCGCUGUUGUUGAAGCUCUUAUACAUAUAAAUAACCAGUUGCACCAGCAUGAGGCUGCCGUUGGAAUACUGACUUAUGCUCAGCAGGAUUUGGACGUUCAACUGAAGGAAUCCUGGUAUGAAAAACUGCAGCGGUGGGACGAUGCUCUCAAGGCGUACACUGUCAAAGCAUCUCAGGCAGCUAGCCCCCAUGUUAUUUUGGAUGCUACAUUAGGUAAAAUGCGAUGCCUAGCUGCACUAGCUCGAUGGGAAGAGCUUAAUAACCUCUGCAAGGAGUUUUGGACCCCUGCGGAGCCUGCAGCUCGAUUGGAAAUGGCACCUAUGGCUGCUAGUGCUGCUUGGAACAUGGGGGAGUGGGAUCAAAUGUCAGAAUAUGUUUCUCGUUUGGAUGAUGGGGAUGAAACCAAACUUCGGAUUCUAGGGAACACUGCUGCAACUGGUGAUGGAAGUAGUAAUGGUACUUUCUUUAGGGCCGUUCUGUUAGUUCGUCGUGGGAAGUAUGACGAGGCACGUGAAUUUGUAGAUAGAGCAAGGAAAUGCUUGGCAACAGAGCUCGCAGCACUGGUCCUUGAGAGUUAUGAUCGUGCAUACAGCAACAUGGUACGAGUUCAGCAGUUGUCUGAGUUAGAGGAGGUCAUUGAUUACUGUACUCUACCUCUGGAAAACCCAGUUGCUGAAGGACGGCGUGCCCUUAUUCGUAAUAUGUGGACUGAACGUAUACAAGGAACAAAGCAGAAUGUAGAGGUAUGGCAAGCGCUUCUCUCCGUCCGAGCACUUGUGCUACCCCCGACAGAAGACAUAGACUCUUGGGUUAAAUUCGCUUCUCUUUGCCGAAAAAGUGGUAGGAUUAGUCAGGCACGAUCUACUUUAGUCAACCUGUUACAGUACGACCCAGAAACUACUCUGGGAGAUUUACCAUAUCAUGGACCUCCACAAGUGAUUCUGGCCUACUUAAAGUAUCAAUGGUCUCUUGGGGAAGAUCUGAAACGAUAUGAAUCAUUUGCAAGGUUGCAGGAUCUUGCUUUAGAGCUUUCUGGAGCAAUGAACAGUUCGCCAAGGCUGCCAGUUGGCUCAGUUAGUUCAUCAAGUUUUCGAAUCCCCCUUAUGGCCCGUGUUUAUUUGAAACUCGGGACUUGGCAGUGGGCACUUUCUCCAGUGUUAGAUGAUGACACCAUACAAGAAAUCCUUGUUGCAUUUCGAUGUGCCACUGAAUGUGCAACUGAUUGGUCGAAAGCAUGGCACAAAUGGGCACUAUUCAAUACUGCAGUUAUGUCUCAUUACACCAUAAGAGGCUUCUCUGAUUUAGCUGGGCAGUAUGUUGUAGAGGCUGUUACUGGUUAUUUCCACUCAAUUGCAUUUGCAGCAACAGCGAAAGGAGUGGAUGAUAGUUUACAGGAUAUUCUUCGUCUUCUCACGUUGUGGUUUAGCCAUGGAGCUACAGAGGAGGUUCAAUUGGCACUGCAGAAAGGAUUUGAUCAUGUUAAUAUCGACACAUGGCUUGUUGUGUUGCCUCAAAUAAUUGCUAGAAUACAUUCAAAUAACGAUGCUGUGAGAGAACUCAUACAAUCACUUCUGGUGCGGAUAGGUCGGGGACAUCCACAGGCUCUGAUGUACCCCCUUCUCGUCGCAUGUAAAUCGAUAAGCAAUUCACGCCGAGCUGCAGCACAAGAAGUGGUUGAUAUAGUUAGGCAGCAUAGCGGUGUACUUGUGGAUCAGGCACAACUUGUCUCCAAAGAGUUAAUUAGGGUUGCAAUACUUUGGCACGAAACGUGGCAUGAAGCUCUCGAAGAAGCCAGCAGGCUCUACUUUGGUGAACACAACAUCGAAGGGAUGUUGAAUGUUCUGGAGCCACUGCACGAAAGGCUCAAGGAGGGGGCAAGCACUAUUAAAGAACAGACCUUCAUUCAGGCAUAUGGUCAUGAACUACAGGAGGCCUAUGAAUGUUGCAUGAAAUAUAAAAAGACUGGGAAGGAUGCUGAACUUACUCAGGCUUGGGACUUGUAUUAUCAUGUAUUCAGACGUAUUGACAAGCAGCUUCCCAGUCUUACAACCUUAGAUUUACAGUCUGUUUCACCAGAGUUGCUUGAAUGCCGCAACCUAGAGCUCGCCGUGCCAGGAACAUACCGUGCAGGGUCACCUGUUGUUACCAUUGCUUCGUUUGCGCCACAGCUUGUUGUGAUAACAUCUAAACAGCGUCCCCGCAAGUUGACAAUUCAUGGGAAUGAUGGUGAAGAUUAUGCUUUUCUGUUGAAGGGGCAUGAAGAUUUGCGUCAAGAUGAGCGUGUCAUGCAGCUUUUCGGUCUGGUUAAUACCUUGUUGGAGAACUCAAGAAAAACUCAAGAUAAGGAUCUUUCUAUUCAGCGUUAUGAUGUCAUCCCAUUAUCCCCAAACAGUGGGUUGAUUGGAUGGGUUCCACACUGUGAUACUUUUCACCAUUUGAUUCGAGAAUACAGGGACGCCAGAAAGAUCACCUUAAAUCAAGAGCAUAAGCUUAUGUUGGCUUUUUCUUCGGAUUAUGAUCAUUUGCCACUCAUCGGUAAAGUCGAAGUGUUUCAGCAUGCCUUAGAAAAUACUGAAGGCAACGACUUGUCACGGGUUCUGUGGUUAAAGAGUCGCACUUCCGAGGUUUGGUUAGACCGUAGGACAAAUUACACUAGAAGCUUGGCUGUCAUGAGCAUGGUAGGUUAUCUCCUUGGAUUAGGAGACAGACAUCCAAGUAAUCUUAUGCUACAUCGUUAUAGUGGAAAAAUCUUGCAUAUUGAUUUUGGGGAUUGCUUCGAAGCUUCAAUGAACAGAGAAAAGUUCCCAGAGAAGGUUCCAUUCCGUUUGACAAGAAUGCUAGUGAAAGCAAUGGAGGUUAGUGGGAUUGAGGGUAACUUCAGAUCGACUUGUGAGAAUGUGAUGCAAGUGCUGCGAACAAAUAAGGAUAGUGUCAUGGCGAUGAUGGAGGCUUUUGUACAUGACCCUCUCAUAAAUUGGAGACUUUUCAAUUUUAACGAAGUUCCUCAAACAUCAAACCCCACAAGUACUCAUGUCCAGCCAGCUGUAAAUACCGAGGAACCUGUGCCGGAUAGGGAGCCGGCUCAACCUCAAAGGGGUGUUAGGGAAAAGGAACUUCUUCAGGCUGUUCACCAACUAGACGAUGCAAAUGGAGUUUUAAUUGAGCGCGCUAAGGUUGUGAUGAGUCGAAUGAGUAAUAAGCUUACAGGGCGUGACUUUUCCACGGGUGCCACAAUGACCCCUGGAGAUGCUGGUGAGGUAGAACAUGGGCUGUCUGUUAAACUCCAAGUUCAGAAAUUAAUCAUUCAAGCUACAUCACAUGAGAAUUUGUGUCAAAACUAUGUCGGGUGGUGUCCGUUCUGGUGAACAGAUGCUCUAGCAUGCAUGUGUUUGUAAAUUUUUGGUGUAAAUAGUUACGAUGGGCUUGAGCUCAGGAGGACUUCUUGUCAUGGAAUUAUGUUUUUUGUAAUCAUGUAAAUAUGAUGUAUAUAUUUGAUGAGAAAGACGGGUCAUUCUGUAAAUUUAUUGUUGAAAGGGAACCUGGAGCAUACUGAUGUAGUACUAACCAUUUAAGGCAGAUAUAUCGGCGCUGUUGGCCGUUGGGGGAUUGUUCAGGGUGUACAUAGCCGGUCUUUGUUAUUUGUUGUGAGGUUCAGAUGUACAUAUGACCUCGUAAUUUUUCUAUGCCACUUAAAAAAAUGUAGCUAGCUUACAGUAUUUCUAAUUAAAAUCAAGAGUUUAUUCA